CAUGGGGACACUGCAAGGCAUAAGGCGCAAUAAAUCGAAAGAACCCACAUGAGCUACGACGUCAACCUUCUUGGUGUAAUCUGAUUCUCUUGCAUAGUAUCCAUACCCCAGACUAGUACCAGUGAUCGGCCUAGCCUCAACAUAGGCCUGGGUCCCCGAAGGACGAUGGAAUACUAUGCCGUACAUAGUAGAUUAUAAUUAGUACGUACCUAAGUAUGUACCCAUGUGUGAAAUCGUGAAGGAUGAGAGUCAACAUGGGGGGUGGUCAUUAAUAGUGAUGGAUCGGUAUGGGUAGCGUAGCGGCGGGACCGUUGAACCCUAGUGAGUGACUAUACUGAGCGUUGUUGUUUUACCACAUGACGCCAGCUAGAUGCCAGCCGGGGGAGGGGGGGGCAUGUCUUCAGGAAUCAUACAAAUAGACUUGUGUUACGCUCACCUCAUCGAGAGUUUGGAGAUCCUAUGGUUAUUGCAUCACUUUCAACACGGCAAACAGAUAACAAGAAGUCCAAGUACUAGGUAGUCUAGGUACGAUCGAUAUAGAGAUCAAGGCACACGAGUCGAGUUGCAAUCUAUACGAAGUCAAUCCAAUCAUUACUUCUCCUCCGAUUUCAUCAUGGUGGCUUAUAAGUCUGCGCUAUGCAGUAUACUAGCAUACACUUCACAGGUCGUGAAUGGGCUUGCAUUACCAGACCAGGCCUCUAGAGGUACCAUCGAAACUCGAGCAAAUGCGCUCGGAAACGGCGUAGCCUUACGGAUUAUGCCAAUGGGUGCUUCCAUUACCUGGGGUACUGGCUCUUCAGAGGGAAAUGGGUACCGUAAAUAUCUCCGCGACCUCCUUACCCAGAACGGCAACCAAGUCAACAUGGUCGGGGCCAAUCAUUCUGGGACCAUGCAAGACAACGAAAGCUCGUCAACUGAAGGCCUGCUGGUCGACCAAGUUCACGCAGUAGCCAACGUCGUGGUACCCAAAUUCAAACCCAACGUCGUUCUCAUCAACGCCGGCACCAACGACUGCAUCCGGAACAACGACAUUCCUAAUAUUGGCGACCGAGUCCUACUUCUGUUGAACGAUAUUUAUAAAACGUCCCCUAAGGCCACUAUUAUCCUAUCUACUCUCCUAGUAUAUACCAAAGAUCCGGAGGCAAACAAACGCAUCACAGACUACAAUGUCCAGAUAAAUUCGUUGGUAAAACGAUUCCAGGCCGCCGGAUGGCCGAUCAUACUUGCUGAUAUGCAGGAGAAGGAUAAGGGUCCGGUAAAGGGAGACUUCAUAGGAGAUGAAAUUCACCCCACAGACGUCGGCUAUAUGAAGAUGGCCAACAUUUGGUAUGCGGCCUUACAGGACGCAUCGAACGCUGGCUACUUGAAAACACCCGAGAUUGUCGCUGGACUCCCGGACGACGGCCUGGCACAGUAGAAGCCGUCGUCAAAUCACCCACCUCCCUAACUACCCAUGUAUUAUACAGCCUUUACUAUGUCAGGGGGCUUAGACACGAUACCUUUUAGAAUAGAUGAUACCACGACGGCGGUGUUUGGCGCAAUUGGUGUAGGAGCUUACCUCCUAAUGUGAAUUUCUUAGAUCAAGUAUAUAUCUGUCUUUACCUAUGUAUAUAGCAAAUUAACACUGCAUGACCUGCGG